GCUAGGACAGAAGAUGGUUCCAGUUAAGCUCCUCAUACUUGGAGCUGCCAACACAGGAAAAACAGCCUUGUGCGUCCGCUUCAUGACCAAGCGCUUCAUUGGCGAGUACGACCACAAAAAAGAGAUGACCUACAGGUGCAGCAGGCUCGUGGACCAGGAAGCUGUUGACUUGGAGAUCUUGGACACAGCUCGUAAGGAGAGCUGCGCGUCUUCACUGGAGGCCUCCAUCCGCUGGGCUGAUGGUUUCCUGCUGCUCUACUCCAUCACGCACCGCCACAGCUUCCUGGAGGUCCAGCGUCUCAAGAGACUCAUUGAUCAAACCAAACAGAGUCUGGUUGUCCCUACAGUUCUUGUAGCCAAUAAAGCAGACUUGGAAAUUGGCAGGGAGGUGACAACAGAAGAAGGACAGAGACUAGCUAAUGAUUUAAGGUGUGGUUUCAAGGAGCUGUCGGUGGCCGACGCUGUUUUAUCUGUGGAAGCAGCCGUGUUUCAGCUCACCAGGCGGGUCUUGGACCACCAGCGGUCUCUGCCUGACCGCCGUUCCUACAUGCUGACCAUGCGUCACGCUCUAACCAAGAAGCUGACCCGCUCUAAAACCAUGCAGUGGUGA